AGGAGAAGAGGGAAGCGGCUGCAGCGUGCAAUUCGUAAUUAGGGCGCUUUGAGCAUCUCCCGGCGGGGGCGCAGCGCCGGGCGGUGAGGGGAGCUCGAGCGAGCCGCCCCGGCCGCCCCGGGCCCCGCCGCACGCCUCCCCGGGGCCGGAGCUGGAGCCGUGCGAGCCGUCGGGGCUGCGGCAGCCCGGGCUCCCCAGAGCCGCCGGGAGCUCCGCGAUCCGCCACCAUGGGCAGCGCGGCCGCGGAGGAGCCGGGCAAAGAAGCAAUAGAGGUGAAAAUCCCACAGAAUCACCAGGGUGUGAUGGCCAAUGAUGAGCAGUAAUUACUGCAGCAACACUUCAACCAGCAUGAGUGUCAACGAAAUGUCUGCCUUCCCUCUGACUUUAGAGCAAAAAACUGGUUUUGCUUUUGUGGGAAUUUUGUGUGUUUUCUUGGGACUCCUAAUUAUCAGAUGCUUCAAAAUCUUGCUGGACCCCUACAGUAGUAUGCCUUCUUCUACGUGGGAAGAUGAAGUUGAGGGGUUGGAUAAAGGGACAUUUGAAUACGCUCUUGCAUGAAAACUCAUAGAAUAUCCUGCCUUAAAUUUGAUGAUGAUUUCAUUUUGGAAACCAACUGUUAGUACAUUUGUUAUACAUACAUACAUUUUGAAGGUAUGUUGGUAGCAUCCAUUUUUGUUAAAUAAAUAUUUGUUGCAAACUCAAAAGACACUUCACAUUGCUUUUCUAUGAGGAACAGUGGAAUGGUGAAUAAGAAAUGGUUAACAGCAAAGAAAUACUACAAUAAACAAUUCACUAUAAAGUUAACACGGCAAAAAAAGGUUGGUUCACACACUAUCAUAUUAUAAGGAACUAAUGGGAAAGCUAAC